UUGUCCCCCCUCUCUCUAUCCCUCCCCAACUUGUGCUGUCUCAAAAAGUAAACAUUAAAAAAAUGUGCAGAAAUUAAAGAUAGGAUCAACAAAGCUGUAAGUUAAGUCUUAACAAACAAACAAAAAAAAUUAACAGAUCUUGGCAAGACUAAUUAAAACACAUACACAAGAAAUCAAAAGGAAGAUACCAUGAUAGAUACUGCAAAUAUUUAAAAAUUAGAAGAUACACUUAACUUUGUUAAAUGUGACAGUAGAGGGAUUUGUUUAGAAGACCUAAAUCCACAACUUGGGAGCAACAGAAGAGGAGAAACAAUAAGCUGGAAAGCCCACAGAGGCACUGAACAAUUUAGCAGAGCUGAAAAAGUUGAAUCCUGAGCCAAUGGUGGAGACAGCCAGUGCUAAGCAGACCAAUUUACAUUGUGUAAUUCCCCAAUAUGGUAGUUCCAGAUGACCAUUAAGGGAAUUGGGAGUGAAAGAAGGGUUACUGAAGGUUGGGUGUGUCUGUUAGAUCCCUUCCCUACUUUGGGCAGCUGGUGACUGUCCCUCCCUUGCUUUCUCAGCCCAUUCAAGAUUUAUUCUCAAGAGAGAAAAACGGUUUAUGCUCUGGAAGUCAGAAACAUAACUGAGGAUGAAAGUACCAUGAGGGGAUUAAGUGAGUAGUUACAUUCUGAAUGUUCUCUGCCAUCUUGGGCUCCUAGAACUCUAGCACCCAGGAGAUUGGAAAUCUUCUCUGGGGAAUCUUGAUUAGCCCAAAAGGAAAGACGUAAAGAAGUAUUUUAUGACAUAAAGCAUCAUUUUAUGAGACUGGCAUAACUCUGUCAAGGAUAGUAAGAGAAAAAAUUACAUGUGAAUCACACCCAUAAGCAUAGAUGCGAAAGUCCUAAACAAAUUAUAAACCAAAUCUGCAAUAUAUGAAAGAAUAAUCUUCAUAACAACAUAUUUAAUAAAAGCGAUUUCCCAAAUAAAAUCAGGAUCAAGUGGGGUGAAACAAACAGCAUUGCAUAUGUCUUCUCUGCUGGAGAUAAAGGGAAAUGAGCCAAAGGUUUAACCAGAGACCUGAAUUGGAGGAACUUGCUAAUGUUUGGGUGACCACUGAGCACAGAAAUAGGAAGGUGUGACUGGGAACUCUUUAACUGAUACUCUGACCUCUGGAAAGUCUUUGCCAGCCAGGAUGACUCUGGAGACAUGUAGAGUCAUGCUGACCCUACACUUCAAGAAGCCAAGACCUGAUAAUGAGACAUGCCUUCAGGAUGUGGUUGUGGACCCAUCUGCUUGAUCCAGCUUGUCCUUAAAGAGCAGCUUAAUUUUAAUUUGCUGCUGGCAGAGCCAGGGCCCUUGUGCUCUAAUUCCUUCAGUCACAUGGUGUGUGUGAGCAUUGCUGCUGACUCCAGCCGUAGGCCUCGGUCAAGUGGGACUUCUCUAAGUAAUUCCAGAUGAGCAUUCCCAUGUUUAGGACAACUUGUCUGAACCAUUGUUGCUGCUCUUGACGCCGACUCUUCCUCCCUGUGGCCUGUGAUACAAUUUGAUUGAAACCUAGGAAUAAACCAGCCAGAGCUGUUUUUGUUUCCCUUUUCAAACUCCUAGCCUUCUCUGCAUUACCACAAAGGGAAAAGAAGAAAGGGAGGGAGCAAAUGUUCAAUUCCUACCAGCUGCAGUUAUUUGGGAACAGGACUGUGGAGGUGGUGAGCCCAUCUGUGCUCCUCUCUCUCAGUGCAGUUUGAAUACUAAUUGCUCUUUUUCACUUUGCUUACUCCUCUAGAACAACUCUAGUUCCAAGAAAAAAGAAAAAGAAAACCUCUAGUUCCAUAACUCCUCUUGAUGUGACGGAGCACUCUCUGGAACCAUUUCUCAGGCUGCCCCAUGACGUGACCACAGACCUCAAGGAUGAGGGUGAUGAGCACACCAAGAGGAGACUGAGGGGAAACCUCCCACUACAAAGAGGCACACGUUAUCUUGAAGCUCCUGGAAGGGAAGAAAAGCCAAAGGAAGGAGCUCUCAAUCCCAUUGGUAUAAAGCUCUGAGGAGACCCACGCAUCUGAGCACUGAGGAUUCGGUUUGGGUCCUCGGCAGGUGGGUGUCAGUAUCAUCUCCUAGCCAGCAGGAUGGAUACCACGCCCUUAAAUUCCCAGAAGGAGCUGUCAGCCUGUAAGGAUAAAGACGAUUGUCAGGAAAAUGGAGUUCUACAGAAGGGUGUGCCUGUCCCUGAGGAUAAGGUGGAGUCUGGCCAAAUCUCCAAUGGGUACUCAGCAGUUCCAAGCCCUGGUGCAGAAGAUGACACUCAGCACUCCAUUCCGGCUGCCACCACCUCCCUAGUGGCUGAGGCUCAUCGAGGGGAACGGGAGACCUGGGGCAAGAAGAUGGAUUUCCUCCUCUCGGUCAUUGGCUAUGCCGUGGACCUGGGCAACGUCUGGCGCUUUCCUUACAUAUGUUACCAGAAUGGAGGGGGAGCGUUCCUCCUACCCUACACCAUCAUGGCUGUUUUUGGGGGGAUCCCACUCUUCUACAUGGAGCUCGCACUAGGCCAAUACCACCGAAACGGAUGCAUUUCGAUAUGGAGGAAAAUCUGCCCAAUUUUCAAAGGGAUCGGGUAUGCCAUCUGCAUCAUUGCCUUCUACAUCGCUUCCUACUACAACACCAUCAUGGCCUGGGCGCUCUACUACCUCAUCUCCUCCUUCACGGACCAGCUGCCCUGGACCAGCUGCAAGAACUCCUGGAACACUGGCAACUGCACCAACUACUUCUCCGAGGACAACGUCACCUGGACGCUCCACUCAACGUCCCCAGCAGAAGAAUUUUACACGCGCCACAUCCUGCAGAUCCAUCGGUCUAAGGGACUUCAGGACCUGGGGGGCAUCAGCUGGCAGCUCGCUCUCUGCAUCAUGCUGAUCUUCACUGUGAUCUACUUCAGCAUCUGGAAAGGUGUCAAAACGUCUGGCAAGGUGGUGUGGGUGACAGCCACCUUCCCUUACAUCAUCCUUUCAGUCCUGCUGGUAAGAGGCGCCACCCUCCCCGGAGCCUGGAGGGGUAUUCUCUUCUACUUGAAACCCAACUGGCAGAAACUCCUGGAGACAGGGGUGUGGGUGGAUGCUGCCGCACAGAUCUUCUUCUCUCUUGGUCCUGGCUUUGGGGUCUUACUGGCUUUCGCUAGCUACAACAAAUUCAACAACAACUGUUACCAAGACGCCCUGGUGACCAGUGGGGUGAACUGCAUGACGAGCUUCGUUUCCGGAUUUGUCAUCUUCACGGUGCUCGGGUAUAUGGCAGAGAUGAGGAACGAAGAGGUGUCUGAGGUGGCUAAAGAUGCAGGCCCCAGCCUCCUCUUCAUCACAUAUGCAGAAGCCAUAGCCAACAUGCCAGCAUCCACAUUCUUUGCCAUCAUCUUCUUCCUGAUGCUAAUCACACUGGGCCUGGACAGCACCUUUGCAGGCUUGGAGGGGGUGAUCACAGCUGUGAUAGACGAGUUUCCGCACAUCUGGUCCGAGCGCCGAGAGUGGUUUGUGCUUGGCGUGGUCAUUACCUGCUUCUUCGGAUCCCUGGUCACCCUGACUUUUGGAGGGGCGUACGUGGUAAAGCUGCUGGAGGAAUAUGCCACAGGCCCUGCAGUGCUCACCGUUGUACUUAUAGAAGCAGUUGCUGUCUAUUGGUUUUACGGCAUCACUCAGUUCUGCAGUGAUGUGAAAGAAAUGCUUGGCUUCAGCCCUGGAUGGUUUUGGAAGAUCUGCUGGGUAGCCAUCAGCCCUCUGUUUCUCCUGUUCAUCAUUUGCAGUUUUUUGAUGAGCCCACCACAGCUACGACUUUUCCAAUAUAAUUAUCCUCAGUGGAGUAUCAUCCUGGGUUACUGCAUAGGAACCUCGUCUUUUAUCUGCAUCCCCACAUAUAUAACGUAUCGGCUGAUCAUCACUCCAGGGACAUUUAAAGAGCGUAUCAUUAAAGGUAUCACUCCCGAAACACCAACAGAAAUUCCCUAUGGGGACGUCCACUUGAACACCAUAUAAAACACUUCAAUGAGAGGAAAAUGGCUUCCCAACAACCUCUCCUCUGGUUCUGACUAGUCAUGCCUCGCCUUCUCCCCUCUGAGUCAGAGUUUCCAGCUAAGCCUGACAAUGGAAGGGCCUUCUUCAUGGAGAGACAGUCCCAAAGACUAUGGUGCCCAGACUGUAAUGGCCUCCAACUACUUUCUGUGAAAUCUCCCCGACAUAUUACGUUAGCUCUGUGACACAGCUGAACUCGACUAUUUUGGAUAUGCAAGGGUGUGUAUGGAGGUGAUGAAAACCACCAUCUAGUCAGUUAGGAUUAGGUUUAGAAUCAAGUUUGUAAAAGUCUCAUGUAUCAUUUCUUGUUAUUAUCAUUGGUAUCUGACAUCCAUUUGCUUCUAAAGGUUUCACUGUCAUGAAUGCGUAAACCACGUAGGAGAAAACAGGGAUGCUGUUUUGCUAGCCAUAUAUUUUCUGAAUAGCAUAGAAUUCUGUAGCUGGAAUCUACUAGAACCCUUUAACCUGUGUGCUGCUGUGGAGUCAGGAGAGGAAGAUGUAGAAACUAAACUCAAAAAUAAUGUAUACAUGUGAGCAUGUGUGUCUGUAUAUACUGUUGUUUCAGUGUAUCCUUAUCUCUAUUCCAAUACUUUGGGCCCAUUUCAAACUAUAUGAAUUUCCUUUAAUUUUUCUUACAUUAACAAAUUCCACCUAUCAAAUGUGUAUGUAUGUUAUUAUAAGGGUAUAACUGCUACACAUGUUCUGUCACCUUCUCCUUUUCCUAUGACACUACUGUAGCCACACACCUUCCUUUAUGGGCCAGUGUUCAGCGUUUGCUGCACUUCAUUGCCAUCUUCCUGUCUCUGCCAGCUAAACAUUCAGGAUAACAUUCCACAGGCAAAUCUGGCCUAUUUCAUCAGUGACUGUGGCUUGGCCGUGAACUGCUUUGAAGAUGGAUACUGACAAAUGCAUCUUCAGUGCUCAGUUAACUAUCUGGUUUAAGCUCUGUUUCAAAUGACUGGGUUACUUUGCUCUGUGAAGAGGAUAAGUCCAAUUCUUAUAGGAUAUAUAGGUCUGGCACCCUGACUAUAACCAAGGUCAUCCUUAGUCCAGAAGUAAUUGGAGACUUUGGGUUAGCCUUAAAUGGAACUCCCCCAACCCUUCCUGGUGACAAUCAGGACUGUGAGUCCUCCAGAUAAUUUCCCAAGAUUGAGUCUCAACUAAGUAAGGCUGAUUGGAAAAGGGUCAGUUAAAUGAGUAGCUUUUCAUUUCACAUAAAGCCUUUAAUACAUAUCAAGUGAACUUGACCUUUUGUGGUUUGUGACUCUCAGAUGUGUAAGUAAAGAAGCAAAUUCACCUUGUAUAAGAUUUCCUCAUCAAAAUCUUAAAGGGAAUAAAGCCUAGUCAAUGAUAAAAGUACUCACUCAUCUAGCCCCAUAUCACUUCACUCCUCUAUAUAAAUCAAAUUUGAUUCUAACCUUAUAGAAAGAAGACCCAUAUAGCAGAGGCCUGGUUUUAUCCAAUUAUAGAUCUUCCUCUCUUAGCUUCCUUUCCCCAACAAUUUCUGCCCCAGCCAUCUUCCUGUGUUCCCCCUACAUCCUUCUAUUUCUGAUUCUUUGCCUUUCUCAGCGGGAUAUUUUCCUUAUAGAUGUGAGCUGCUGAGAAGUUUCCCGAAAUAUUAGAGGAAAAGAGAAGAGGGAUUAAAAAAUGUCCCUCACUGACCUACCUUCAUUAUCUUCACUCUUUCCUUCCUUCAUGCUACCGUAUUUCCAUUUUCUUUGCUUUCUUUCAAGCUGAAAGGAGAGGGAUUGUAUAAGUGGCAGCGUAUUCAGUGGUAAAUAGCUUUGCAAAUUUUAAGAACUACUUUAUAAAGAUAUUCAGAUAUGGAUUCUUUCCAUCCCACACACACUUAUACAUGCUUCAAAGAUAUUAUUUUUUAAAAAGCACUUUUUCAAACAGAAUUAGAGUUGGCCAAGCCAGGUAUUGAGGGAAUUAUAUAGGCAUUUUGAAAUGUUGUCAGACUUCACUGGACUUAAAAAAAAAAAAAAAAAAAUCUGUUCUGCAUAGUUUGCAUUUCCUUGAGCCCUAUUUAUCAGUACUACUAUGGAUUUUUUUUAAAGGAAAACGUAGAAGUAGGGAGAUGGACUUUAAAACAAUCUUUUAAAGAUCUUUUACAUUUAAUGUAGUAUUUACAUAAAAGUAAAAAUAAAAAUGGAAUUGAAUUGUAAAGUUAA